GUCGCCGACGCCAUCGACGUUUCGUGCCACGCAGACGCCGACGGCCUCGUGCACAUCUCACAGUUGCGGGACGAGCGCGUCGAGAGUGUCGCCGACGCUGUAAGAGAAGGAGAAUAUGUUUGGGUCGUCGUCACGGACAUCAAGGAAGGGAACAAGGUGUCGCUGUCGAUGCGGCUCGUCGACCAGGAGACUGGCGAACUAAAAGAACCCCUGAACGACGUCGACGCCGCGACGCCGUCCGCGCGCCGGACCGGCGAGCUGCCGCAAUUGUACUCCGUGCACAAGGGAACGGUGGCGCGGAUACAGAAUUUUGGAGCCUUCGUUCGGAUAGAUAAUUACGGCGAUGGCCUCGUGCACGUGUCGCAGCUCUGCGCGUACCGGGUCGAGGACCCGAACGACGUCGUCGACGUGGGCCAGAAGGUGCGUCGUCCUCUCCACGCCGUUGACGCGAGGAUAACCGGGUGUCCGCGCGCAGGUGUACGUUAAGGUCGUCGAGCAUCGCGAGAUGGACAAGGUCUCGCUGUCCAUGAAGGUCGUGGACCAGGCGACGGGCGAGGACCUGGACCCGGCGAACCGCGACUACCAGGCCCGCGGCGAGGGCGGCGGCGGCCGCCGGGGCAACGCGCCAAUCCGCGCGGGCGACGAGGUCGACCCCGUCGAAGCCAUGCGCAAGGGCACGGCGGACCCGCGGAACCAGCGUUUUGCGUCGGGCGGCGACUACGAGCUCGUCGAGGACGACGAGCCGGCGCCGCCGCCCGCGGAGCCAAUAGGGCGCGGCCGCGGUGCGACGAUGCCGGCCUGGAUGCAGACCCUCAAGGACGACGUCGGGAAGGACCUCCGCCGCAAGGAGAAGAAACGAGAACGCAAGGAGGCCAAGAAACGACGUAAAAAAGAGAAGAAGGCCGCGAAGAAAGCUAAAAAGCGGGAAAAGAAGUCGAAGAAGGCGCGGUGGCCGCGUCCUACGCCACCGACGCGUCCCCGUCGCUUACCCGUCGCCGUCCGCGCAGGAAAAAAAAUCAAAGAAGCGCAAGCGCGACUCGUCCGCCGACGCUCGCAAGGAAAAGAAGUCGAAGAAGGAGCGCUACGCCGACGCCGACUAGUUUUGUGAUAAUCGUUCGCAUGUAGUACCUAAACAUCAUUACCGUUCCGCGACGCACCGGAACCCGUUGUUCGACGUCGCCGAGUCGGGCGUGUUCCGGUGGCGCGCGGCGACGCGGUAGCGGAAGCAGUAGGACCGGUGGCAGAGGAAGCUCCCGCCCUUUUUUAGUUUUUCCGUGCCGGUCGCCGGCCCGCGCGGGUCGACGUCGACGGCGUCCCAGGCUGGCGCCGGCCGCGCGCCCGGCGCGUGCCAGUCGGAGACCCACUCCCAGACGUUGCCGAUGAGGUCGUGGAGGCCGGACGCCGUCUGCGGCGCGUAGGAUCCCACCGGCGCCGUAAACGCAAAGCCGUCGUCAUUGAUUGGUUCGUCGGGAAAGGACCCCUGCCAGAGGUUCGCGCGGUGCGUAUUAUUAUCGGGCAUCAUCAGCGCGUCGCCCCAGGGGUAGAUCGCGCGCCGCGGCGCCGCGCCGCGCGCCGCGUACUCCCACUCGGCCUCGGUCGGCAGCCGCGCGCCUCUCCAUUUACAGUAGGCCGCCGCGUCGCGCCAGGACACGUGGACCACGGGAUGCCGGCCGCGGCCUCCCUCAAAGACGUCCGAGCCCGGCCCCGUCGGCUCGCGCCACCACGAGCCGUUCACCGGCAGCCACCACUCGACGCCUUUCACUGCUGUCGUGGCGCCGGCCCGCGCCGCGGCGUCGAGCUCGAGGUGGAACACGAAGGACCACCCGAACUUCUCCGAGUCCGUCUCGUAGGCCGUCGCGGCGACGAACUUCGCAAAAUCCUCGUUCGUGCACUCGUGGACGUCAACUUCCAAUGUUUUCGUGAUGCGCACGCGCCGCGCCGGCCCCUCGCCGUCCUCGAAGAUCUUCGGCCGGUCCGUGCCGACGAAGGUCUCGCCCGGCUCGAGGAGGACCGUCUCGACGAUUGGGCGGUCCUUUCCGGCGGCGGGUCGCAUCUCGACGACGUCGCUGCCGCACGACUCCUCGGUGGCGUCGCGCGUGAGGGCGUCACUUCCGCACGAGCAGCCCUCCUCAGCCGCAGCCAUGGCUAAGCAUGGCAGCAGGAUGCGCCAGCGCAUUUAUGGUCUUCGGGCGAUCACUAGCUACGCUUGAAUCGACAGAUUUCGAUUACCUCGACAACUGCGGGCAUCUGCGGGCUCCAGAGCUGUGCCCAGCAUUCCUAGUGUCUUACAGCGCUAGCUGGAGAGAGUGCACGCUGCUUUGCAAGUGCGUCAGCGCUUUUUUACGUGAGCGUAGCGUAACUCUGCCAGCAGCAACGCGGUCUCCAGAGUCACAAGUGUCUCUCUCAAAAGUAAUAAGCGAAAACGAGGCAACAAUGCUGGCAGACACUAAGCUGCUGCUCAUCAUUGUGUGUGCCAUACGCGCGACUGCAUUCGUCGCGCCAAGGCAGCGACGAGGAGUUGUGCUCGCGAUCAGGCACGCCUCGGAGGAUGCAUCAGUGCACGCCUCGGAGGAUGCAUCAGUCAAUGCCGAAGAGGACGUGGAUGACGCCGCGCUGGCCGCGUCGCUGCAAGUCGCUGCCAAGCGGACGAGCUCGGCGCGCGACGCGCUCGAGAAGCGACGUCGACGCGAGGCGCAGCCACGGCGCGCCGUCGACACGCCGCAGAAGCCGACGCUGGCGAUGCGGGACAGCCGAGUGAAGUCUUCGAUGGAGCCGCAGCAAGAACUGCGCGAAUUGUUUGACGAGGGCUCGUGGGGCGCACUCCCCGAGAGCGAGCUGCUGACGCGGCUUGGGUACCUCUUCGCGGCUUCGUUUCUUGUAGCAGUGGGUCUGAUUGACUUCGACCCGCCCGACGAGCUAUCUGAUCCGCCGUCGCUCGCCGACCGCGUUUUCCAGCCCCUUGCGCUCGGGUCGCUGCCGCCGCUCGUCGCCGUGGGUCGCGCGCUCGUGCGGUGGCAGUACGUCGACAGUCGCCUCGCGGAAGACACACUCUAUUUCGAACGCACCGGUUGGAACGACGGGUUCAUGGCAAAGAAGGAUCCCGACGCCGCCAAGCGGGACGCGCAGGCGCGAGCCGCCCAGACGGGCCCGCAGCUCGCCAUCCUUCGGCGGUGUACCGCGUACGCCGCCGGGAUUACCGUUUUGUCGACGGCUGGCUUUGUCUUCUUGUAGUAACUAACACAUGUUUAAACA